CAAAGAUCUGGCGGUCUCCUCGAGCUUCGUGCAGAUUUUGGAAGGUUUCGUUGGUGUUUUAUGAAGUCUUUGUGCUUUAAGCGUGAAUUAAUUUGUGUAUUGUUGCCCUUAAACUAUUCUUUAAGUUGUUUCCGCCCCGAGGCAUUGUCAUUUUCUUUAACAAACGUUUUGGAUCUUGGUCACUGUUUCACAACAUACAAUCAAUAAAAUUCUGGGUUUUUUUCACUUUUUCUUGCUGUUAAAUCUGACCAGUUAGUUGAACUUUAAAUUUUUGUCUGUUCAUAAUAACUCUUACACUGUAUAUUUGGCUUAACUAUUUGCGGACGCCUAAGCAAAGUGGUCUCGUGACCAAGGGAACGUUUACAUUGACUUUCCAUUUUAUAAGUCUGUAAUUUCUAUUCUUCAUAAGUUGUAUCGUCUAUCUUUGUUUUGGUAACUGUUCAACUCAUCUAUGCUGUCGAAAAUUGGAUGACUAUCCGCAUUUAAAUUAGUUUGGAUGUGAUUACAAUCUCGAUGCACAAACUCCAGAGCUAAGUUAUCUUCAAGAGAGAUGAAUGUAUGCCGACAUUGCCGUAUUGGCAUUGGUGGGGUGACUGACCAACAGUUCAAUGCUACUGAGUGUUCCCUAGCGUCCGAGGCGUCACCUGACUAUUGUCAAGAAAAAGAUUCAGGAAACUUUUGUAUCUGUGGUGCCUUUGAUUGUAAUACAAGAAAGGUCAUUAACCGUCAUAAUGUCGAAUCUGACAUUGCUGAGCUGAAAUCAGAUAUAGAUGAUGCCUUGCCUGCUGAUUUCAGUGACCAACAACAAGAAUCAUCCAAGCCGAAGUUGGGUACUUAUGUUAUCGAACGAACCAUUGGUAAAGGGAUAUUCUCUUCAGUCAAGCUCGCCAAGCAUACGAUAACUGGAAUUUUCGUUGCAAUAAAAAUCAUUGACAAGUCCUGUCUAAGUCCUGAAAAUCUUAAAAAAGUAUACAGAGAAUCCGAUAUUCUAAAGGAGCUUCAUCAUUCAAAUAUCGUGAAACUUUACCAGGUAGAUUCAUCAUUUAUAUUGAUUGGUUUUAGGUUAUGGAAACACAACGAUUACUCUGCAUGGUGAUGGAAUAUGUUUCGAACGGCGAGUUAUUUGACUACAUAGCCACAAAUGGGAGGUUUUCUGAGGUUGAUGCGCGGAUCAAAUUUCUGGAUGUACUUUCAGCUAUCGACUACACACACUCUUGUGGUAUUGUACAUCGUGAUUUGAAGGCUGAAAAUAUAUUACUAGAUUCAGAAAUGAACAUCAAAUUAGUGGAUUUUAGUUUCGGUACACAUUUCAACUCACCCAAUCACCUUUUAACUACCUGGUGUGGUAGUCCACCGUAUGCUGCACCUGAAAUAUUUUUAGGCGAACCAUACAUUGGAGUAAAAGCAGAUAUUUGGAGUCUAGGUGUCAUUCUUUAUGUCAUGGUAUGUGGCGCUCUUCCAUUCGAUGCUCAAUCUCUUCCUCAUUUGAAAAAUCAAGUCCUUUCUGCCAGUUUUCGUGUUCCUUAUUGGCUUUCUAUGGCAUGUGAACAAGUAAUACGUAGUAUGUUGUCGAAAGAACCGAGCGAUCGUCCGACAACAAAACGUAUUAGUCAAUUUCCAUGGUUUACUUCAUCAACAAUUCCACAUAAUCAUCAUCAUGAUAAACUAAUAGCAAAUGUUAUGUCUAAUUCACUGGCCACAAUGCAUUUAACCAAUCAACCCGGUCCUACACAAACAACAUUGUCACCUUGUGGUGUUAAUACAAAAGUUUUAACUAAAUCUACGGAAUGUGAUUUAGUUCAACCCACAUUCAUUUUGAAACACUGUUCUUGUGAUUGUUCUUCGAAAUUCUCAUGGAGUAAAGAUGAUCUGCAAAGUCCCGGACCUAAUUUAGCGGCUGAAAUGAAAGUUGGCAAACUAAAUGAAUUGGUUAUUAUGAUUAUGGAGUCUUACGGAAUGUGUCGCACUCAAAUUCUCAAAUCACUUCUACGUUGUGCUUACGAUCAUCUGACAGCUACUUACCUCUUAUUGGGUGAGAAAUUACGUUUACAUAAUCUGAAUAUUGAUUCAUCGACCACACCUAUUACAGAUUCUGGAAUAAUCAUACCUAACUGUGACCAUCCAACAACAUCAUCUCAUUCAAUUACAGGUCCUGAGCAUAAAAGUUUGCUAGGCAAACCUUAUUCAAAGGAUUUCAAUACCAGCCCCGAUUCUGUUAUGAUGCCGAAUUCUAUUCCAUCAGCCCAACAGUUAUCAUCGAUUUCUGUACCACAACCUAAUUGUUCAGCUAUACCUACAAAUAUACCUUCAGUUUUCCCACUGUCCUCUAUAAAUUCAAUGAAUAUGGAUCUUCCUUUAUCUAGUUGCUCUUCUUCUAUGGAACAGUUAGAUGAAUCUGCCAAUAAUGUUGACUACUUUGCCAAUACUUCAUUCGAUGUCAAUGAUAGUAGUUCACAAAUUGUUGAUAAAACAGAAAGUGAUAAUCUAACAGUCAACUCAUCAUAUGGUGUUACUUUACAACCCAUGUGUGUUAAUAACGCUACUUCAGAUCGUGUUAUGCUUCAAUCGGAUUUCCCUGUAGAGGAUGAAACAAGAAUUGUCAGCCCUACUGUCGGUGGUAGAUCACAAUAUCGUGUUUUAGCUAGACGAAAAUAUGGUACAUGCAGUCCACCAGCUUGUUUAGAAGAAAUAAAACAAGCUUUAAUUUCACAACAACAACAACAACAACAUCAUGAAAGAAGAAUUAUUACAGAUGAUGAAGAUUUAACAUAAUAAUAAUUCAUUAUUGAUGAAUCAUAAAUUAGCACUUAUAUUAGCAUUAUUGUAUAUGAAUGAUGUGUAUUUGUUUUUCCUCUUUUAUUUUUUUAAUAAAAAAAAUUAAUCGAUAACACUAAUUGUAACAGUAAUCAUAUUGAAGCAGAGAGAGAGAAAAGCCUAGAAUAUUGAUUAAUCAAUCAAUACAAAAUCAAAUCGGUACAAACUGUCUUCUUUUUUUUUUUACUUUUCCCUUAUUACCAACACUCUAUGUAUUGUUUCCUAAACUUAUAUUGUGCUUUUGUUCCUCUCUCUCUCUGUUCACAUGAUGCAAUGAAUACAAACACAGACACUCGCGGACACAUACACUUAAAAUAAUCUACAAAAGCACAUAAAUCAUCAUCCUCAUCAUUAUUAUUAGGUCGAUCCAAUUUUACUCACAUCGUCUUUCGCAAUAUAACAAUAAUCAUAAUCAUCAUUUCUCAACAUUGUUUAUCAUUAAAUUGCAAUGCUUUACUCGUUGUUGUUUUUUUUUCUUUUCAUUCUGUUGCUUCUUGUAUAUUGUGUAUUGCACAAAUUGUGUUUCUGUUUGGUUGAUGUCAUUAAAUUCUUCUCUUUUAUUUUCCUUGUUCGUACAAAUCAAAGAAUUCUAAUUAUAACUCCAUCCAUCUAUUUAUAUAUUUACAUAUUACACUUUCCUCGCAUUCUAGACACAUACUGUCUAGUGUAGUAAAAGGCGCGGUACUUACAGUUCUAUUUAUUUUACUGCAAUUUAGAUGAACCAUUCCUCUACACAUUCAUUGUAUGUUCUUGUCACAGUGAUUGUUUUGUUUUGUUUUGUUUUGUAUUGUAUUUUCUUUGAUUGUAUUUAUUCUCAUUUCUAAUGCUUCUUUCUAAUUUUCUUUGUUUUUUUUAUUGUCUAAACAAAGUGUGAAUUCCCCGUUCUUAAUUAAACAACACAGCAGUCUAUUUAUUAUUUCAAUGACAGUUAUGCAUACAUACAUACAUACAUACAUACAUAUAUAAUGAUUAUUUAUUGAAAUUGGAAAUUUAUAGGUAUCGUUUCUAGUGUACUUUUUAUGAAUGAAAUAACACGCUCGCACACAUGCAUACACACACACACGUUCAUAUAAUUCAAGCCUUUUUCUCUGCAUGGGAUUGUUAGUGUGUGUGUGUGUGCGAUUGUGAGUGUGACACAAUUUACAUAUUUAUUCACAUAAUAAAUAAAUAAAUACAAUUAGAGACAUAGAUUUACUCAAUCAUUUCAUAUUAGUAAUUUUCCAUUUAUUAUCUCUUUAUGUAUUUAUGGUAGUGUGUUGUACAAAAAAAACGAUUCUGUGUUCUUGUAUUGUAUAUUGUAUACUUUUAUUUUUGUUGAGGAAGAAAAAAGAAAUUCAAAAUAACGCUUAUUAUUUAUUUAAGUCAUUAUGUAACAAUUUGUAUUGUGUAUUAUUAACUCUAUUCGAACUAAUAAUGAAAUGGAAUGAUAAUUGUGCCUAAGCUUUAAUGCUUUGAAUUUUUUUUUCUAUUGCCGUCUUUUCUAUUCAUUUAAGCAUUUCAUUGAAUUAAUGUUCAUUCAAAUUAUUUACAUAUACAAAUAUGCAGAAUUUCGGUACUGAUCUCCUAGUCCCCCAAUAUGGAAUAUGUGUGUAUACACAUGAUUUGCUUUUAUUUACUCCGUACAUGCUGCAUAAACACAAAGAAGAAAAACUAUGUUAUGUUAUUCUAUUAGAAUAAUGUAACCCGAUUACUUUGUUGUAUAGUUAUAAAGAAAUAAAUCAUAUAUACAUAUAUAUUAUCAAAUCUGUGUUAUCUCCUA